UGCUGCUUGGGGCGGUGCAGCUCCGAUCCAGGCAGAGCCGGCGAGCCCUGGCCAUGAGCACACGUCCUGGCGGCGGAGGAGCGGAGCGCCCCUGGCACGGCUCGCCUUUUUGUGUUGCCUAGUGCCAUUGAUGGGCCAGGGAACUGGACGACAAACGAGAAGCAACAAAUCAGAGCUGCCAGUGAAUUUCAACAUGAAGACAGCAGCAGAAGUAGAAAAGGAUACAGGGAAAGUUAUGAAGAGCAGAGAUCAGAAGCUAAUAUCUGUCUAUGGUGUGGCAGACUUAAAUAAUGGAGCAAUUGGGCUGUACAAUGUUGGACUGAGCUGCUGCCUGAACUCCUUGCUCCAAGUGUUUUUCAUGAACAGACACUUCACUGUGAUACUGCGAAGGAUCACAGUGCCAUUCAGCUCUGCAGAGCAGAGGAAGAAUGUCCCAUACCAGAUGCUUCUGCUGCUGGAGGAGAUGCAGCGUGGCAAACGGGAAGCUGUAUUUCCCUUGGAACUUUCUCGCUGUCUCUCACUGCACGGUGUGGAAUUGUUUGUCCAGCAUGAUGCUGCACAGCUAUUACUGAUCCUCUGGAACCUCAUUAAGAGUCAAAUCACAAACGUGGACCUGGUGGAAAGGCUGACUGCUUUGUACACUAUCCGGGUGCAGGAGUACCUGGUUUGCCAGAGGUGUUCCUUUGAAACAAACUGGGACAGCUGCAUGAUAACUCUCCCACUCCCAAUGCUUGAUUCCAGAUCUCACUGGCUGAGGACGCUGGAGGAUUCCCUACAGCACUUUUUCCAGCCUGAACAGCUGACUGGCAAUGACAUGUGUUUCUGUGAACAGUGUAAGCAGAAAACACCAUGUCUGCAGGGCACAAGGCUAAAACAGCUGCCACUGACCUUGACCCUUCACCUAAAACGAUUCUACUGCAAGAAAUCCACUAGGAUUCAGAAGAUCAGCCAUUCACUACCGUUCCCACAAAGCCUCAAUUUCAGCGAGAUCCUGACACAAGAGCAGUGUCAUGCAGAUGCCAAAGACAGGGUUGAUUGGCAGUACGAUCUCUUUGCUGUUGUUGCUCACUUGGGAUCAGCCAACUUUGGCCACUACUGUGCCUAUAUUCGGAGCCUUACAGACCACCAGUGGUACUGUUUCAAUGAUUCCAGCGUCUGCCAGGUAUCAUGGGAUGAUAUCAAAUGUACCUACGGAAAGGAGGACCUGCGCUGGGGUGAAACUGCCUAUCUCUUGGUUUACAUGAAAAAGAAUACUCAAUAGCUUCAUCCACAAAUGUCUCAGGGCAGGCCCUGACUUUAUUUUGGAGGUAAAAUAUUCGUCAAGAAGAAUGUCUGAAAAUCCAUUUUGCACUGCGAGUGAGAGACCUUUUACAGAGCUCCAUUUGCAGCCUCACAAUUUUUGAAUAAAGCCUAACAGAAGAGCCACAUGAAAAGAGGCCUGGACCUUGGCCACUGAGGUGCAUUUUAAGAACUACAAGUUUCCUCUUUUGAUGCCCAUUUACUAGAGCCCUGCAUGUAUAUGAGACUCUUUGUAUUUACAUAGAACCUUUGUAAAUACAAAGGUCCUUCUGGAGUACAGAAGGAUGUCCAAGAGAUUUUUGGAGAUAUCUUUGCAAGACUUGCUUGAUAGGCAACUACCUCUGGGAUGGAGCACAACAGGCAAUUCAUAACAACCCAGAGAUUUGCUUCUUAAAACAGGAAUUAUGGUAGGAGUUUUGAUCAAGUGGAAUCACAGGGAAUGUGUGGGUGUGUGUGGAGGACCACUGAUGGAUAGGAAGUUCAGUAGGUCAGAUGGUGAUUAGGGACAUUUUGUCAUUGGCUUCACAAGAGAACAGGCUCAGGUGUUGUGCUGAAAGGAAGUUCCAGAAGGCCAACAUUUUCAAAGCUCAG